UGCUUUGUUAUCUCUGAUAGAUAACCUCUACAAGUUCAAAGGUCGAAAUUUGGUGAAAAGGCACUUCAGUUUAUGUUGGACAGUAGCAUGAUUCCAUAAAACAACUAAAUUUUCUUUAAUUUUGUUUCAAUGAAUAAUAUUUUCCAUGAAAAUAAUUUUGUGUGCACCUAGUUUUGUAAAACUGAGAUUCUUUUCUUAGAAAUCAAAGUUCAAAGCAUAGGAAAAUCUGACUUUGUGAUCUUGUACUGAAUUCUCUGGUUUAGUGUUAUAGUGUCUCAUGAAUCGUAAUGUAACAAAGUGUUUCCUUGGAAUCCGUGUUUUCCUGCGGAAAUUCUUUUAAUAAUAGAACAUGUGGAUCUACAGGAUUUUUGGUGUCAUCCUUUUUCUGGGUUUUGGUGUCGCUCAAACACACAUUUUCAUCGAAAAUCAUGAAUUCAGCUACCUCUGGAGUGCCCAUCUUGAUGUUGGCUCUUCACUGCCGUCACAAGUUUCAUCGCAGUGGGACUUGAACGCUAGACUUUCGAUCUACCAGCAGGGUGAUCUUGUCCAAUUUCAGUUGAACAACAUAACAAGUUCAGAAGAACAUGGGAAUGCUUCUUCAGCUCUGAGAAUCCCUUUUUACGCUAACUUUUCAUCAGUGAGAACAGUUUCCCUCUUAACGGAAAAUAAUGAUGAGCCAUGGUCUGUGAACAUGAAACGAAGCAUCGUCUCACUAUUCCAACUAAAUUUGGACUUGUUUCAUAUGCCUGUCCAGUCUGUUCAUGAGACUGGCCCUUAUGGCGACUGUCCAGUUGAAUAUGUUGUCUCAAGAGAAGGCGAAAACGUUAAGGUACUCAAGACGCUGAACUUACUCUCGUGUACUGAUUCUCCAUAUCAAAAAUGGAGCAACCUGUCACCUUUAAGCUGCCCAACAACAUAUCAGGAUGGCUUAUCCUCUUACAGUGAGAGAAGAUACACAUUAACACCCAACAUAAGUAACCAGUACAUAAUUCAACAAAUGACUGCCACUGGCAACACUUUAUUUCAACCUUUCCAAGCAUCUGCAGAAUCUCACUACAUUUCUGUUAAUCAAAGUCUAAGGUUGGAGAACAUUUAUGAACUGAAUGAUACAAUCUCUGUAGCUGACCUCGCCUCCUCAAAUCUAAUUCAUCAGCCUCUCAAGAAUUUGGACUUUUCAGUUGGACACAAACCAACAAACAAGACAGAAUUACUGGAAAAAGUGAAUGUUUUACUUUCAGAAAUGAGCGAUAGUCUGCUGUACUGGGAAGUUGGUGUGAGCGGUUUGGACAACGAAACAUCCUUCCAAGCACUUCACUUGAUGUGGUGGUUUGAUUUACCAGAGUGGGAAGCUCUUUAUGACACGGUCACAAUAGGAACAAGUUAUCGGCAAGAGACGAUUCAGCAUUUAUUUUGGGAGUUGGUUCCUCAAAUUGGUUCCACCUCCUCUGUUCUUUUCAUAAAAAAUCUUGUGCAGUCGGGACAUGUCAAAGGUCCUCUAGCAGCAAGACUCCUAACCACUUUUCCCUUCUAUGUCCGGCAUCCUUCGGAAGAGCUACUCCGCCAGUGUGAGGAUCUAAUUUAUCUAAAUACUAUUGAUAAUAUUGAAGAAGAUGUAAUUCACUCUGGCGUUUUGAGUUUUGCCUCUUUUGUUCGCAAAACCUGUGCUGUCAAAUGUAGUAUAGACACUUUGGAUAGGUAUACAAAAAUAUUCCUCGAUCGUUUCUCAGAUAGCACAGAGUACAAAAAUCAAAUGCUUUACAUACAAGUUUUGAAAAACAUGGGUCUUGACCACACACUUGAAUUUCUCUCCCCUAUCAUCACAAACUCGAGUCAAAACCAUCAUCUGCGCUUUCUGAGUGUCUGGGCAGCCAUGUCUGCUAGCCACAAAAACCCGAAGAAGGUAAGUGAAGUUUACUGGCCAAUUUUACUGAACAAGACAGACUUUCUAGAAAUCAGAGUUGCAGCUCUCACAGUCCUCCUCCUGUCAAAUCCAUCAGCCUCGCGUUUAAUCAGUUUGUAUUGGUUCAUGAAAGAAGAAACCAAUCUUCAUCUGUACAACUAUUUCUAUACGACCAUUCAUUCCCUGGCUGGCUCAUACUUCCCAUGCUACGCGCAUUUGAAAUCGCUUGCUUCUCAGAUUGUACGUAUUCUACCGGUAAGAUCAAGUCAGUGGACAACUGGAAACUAUUUGCUUGACUACGAAAAUAUAGCAAGAGGGUGCAGCGGCUUGAUUCAACUGGCCCUGAUAGGAAGCGAACGGACAGGGCUGCCGGAUGUCAUUUACUUCCAAACGGAGCAAAACUCUUUGGGUUUCGUUUCUCAAUUCUCUAUGUAUGCCAAACUAACUGGAGUCAAUGAAGCCUUGAAGUCUGAGUUCCUCAAUAAAAUUCUGAAAAUAAAUGAGCAACACGAUGAGAAACUGUAUGAUUUGCUGAAGACAUCCCAGUUUCCUUUGAAACCGAAAGAAGCAUUGCACGUAGAACUAAUAAUGCAAAUGGACUCGCAAGUGAUUUUAUGUCAGUACUACAAUCAAACAACGUUUCAUGAGCUAAUCAACUACUUCAAAAAAGCCAGUUCCUUAUACUUCGAGUUUAGUGUGAACUAUCAACGACUAAGGUUCCCGAUGCGAUAUACAGCCGUUCAGUUGAGUGAUAUUGGAACCUCUGCUGUCUUGCAGUAUACAACAGCCUCCCUUACUUCAGCCCGAGGCUACAUCCGACAGGAUCAUGAAGGCAGUCCAAGGAAUGCAGAGCUUGACCUAAGAUACUCUCUAACAACUGUGACAAGCCUGGAAGUGUUUAACCCUUUGAAAAAUAAAUGGUGUGGUGCUCAGCGGUUGCAUAGUCUACACGCCAGAAUUCCAUUUGCCACCCAGUUGCUUUUGCAUGUUGCAAAAUCAUACAUAAAAAUAACUGCCAAUAGACAUAAAGAUUUUGUCGAUGGCUCCAAACUGGGAGUGAUUUGGCACUCCACCACCAAAAUGUUUCAUGAUUCAUCAAUUUUGACGCCAAUUAAAAAUAAUGAUGAUUGGUCAAUUGAGUCACUAGACCUCGGCGCAAAAUUCGGAACGAAAGUUUUUGAUUGUCAAGAUGGCUCAGAAAUGUCAAACUCUCUCAUCGCAAUCAAGGAAGCCUUUGUAAACAACAACAAAAAUUACAGAAUGAUUCCAGGAGGUGUUUUUUGGCUUGGUCUGUUCUCUGUGCCAGACUACUUCCAGUUUUUACCGUCAAGCGGAAGCUGUGGGCUGAUUUUGUCCCUUUCGCCACUGCAGGCUGAACCUGCUCUCCUGGUAGAAGGUGGGACGAUGUCAAUGUCGAUGAGCCAGAAGAAUGAAAUUGUCUGGGACCUAACUUCAGUCUACAAAGAGUUGAAAGACGGGAAUCAAGAGCUGCAGUUCAAGUUGAUCCACUCGAAUAAAGAUAUGAAUGCAUCUCUGAGCCCUUCUAGUUGGAAAUUCAUGCGUUUGGAGGGGAAUUUUGUGUUUCCGAGUCGGAGGUCUGGCGCCAUAUCUCCUCCAACUCCCCCUCGAGGGCAUGCUUUGAUCUCCUGGGGUUUUCAAGACUUUAUCUCAGUGCUAGAGCUUGACAUCGAACCCAAACUCAUGAAUUCUCUGCGUGACCAAUGGCCAACAUCUUGCUCAGAUGGCACUUACGACAUUCCUGCAUGUCUCCAGUUGGCGCGGAAAAUUGAGACAGAACUCACUGUCAAACUUCACUACUCCAAUCUGCCAGGAUGGCUGAAGAUUGCGAUCAACUCACUGUUCCCAAGUUUAGUUCACUCCGAAACCAACUCAUCUCUUCUUCAGUUUGGAUUCCCAACCAAAUUACCAUGGACAACUCAAGGAAUGUGUGCACUGAGCUUGAAUAGCCUAAUGACUUUUGAUGGAGCCAUGUCAAAUCACCAGUUCAAUUCAACCUGUUACAAGGUAGCAGUUGCUGACUGUUCCCCGAAAACUCAUUUCUUUGUUGGCGUUAAAUUGAAUGAAGGAUCUCAGCUAUUGGAUAUGAAAGUUGAAUCUGAAGGAAAUGUUGUUGAGGUGAUACCAAAAAGCACAAGUAAUUUGACAGUCAUUGUGAACGGUGCAUACAUGCCCAACGCGAUGUACACUGUGCAGCAAUCCACAAACGAGACAAAUGUUAUUUUCAGGAUUAAACAAUGGGGAAGCUCGGAAAUGCUAGAGGUGGAGGUUGGUAAUGGUGUAACAUUACAGCAUUACGGUCAUUCAGUCAUUGUUUUGGUAUCACUUCGAUUACGAGGGACAACAUGCGGUUUUUGUGGCGAUUUCAACGAUGAGCCUAGCAAUGAUUUCUCACCUCAGGAGACAACAUGUGUCAAUUUUUAAAACAAAUUUAUUUGAACUCUUCAAGUUGAACCCCUCUGCAGCAGAAUUGUCAGAAGUUCCUGCCCACCAAUCACACACCAGAGAAUAAAAAUUUCUCCUGCUCCAUUCUUGUUUCUCCUGUUCUUGUGACAGUUGCUCUCCAGAGAUAAAGCCGCCUUCAAAAGGUAGAUUGGCUCAAUGUAGUAAUUUUAAGGAGACAAUAGUACAAAUCAUACUUGGACAUGAUGUCGUUGUCAAGUAUGUCUUUCCCUUUAUUUUUUCACGAAAAGCUCCUUAGUUAAUCCGUUCUUGAUUAAAUUUUGAGCUUUGACAGGAACAAUCCAUCUCCAGAUUUCCCUGGCUCAGCAUUGGUGCCAGGAAAACCUUGAUGAAGCUCCCACAAAAUCAGAACAUCUACGCAAGUAAAACUAUGUAAAAUUUUGCUACAGAAAUGACUGUGUCACUGUUUCUAUUCAAAAUCAAUUGUUAAGUGCAUUAAAACUUUGAAGUUGAAGUCCAAAUGGUGGAAUAAUCUUCUAGGAUUUUAUGUCUGAAUACAUGAGCCAGGUUGGUGUGACAGUAGGCUGAAAAUAUUAACUAGCCCUUGGUAAUUUACAACAUGGCAAUCCUUCUCAUACAUAUAUCCAGCAGGACAAUCAUUCUUGUUGGUAAGUAUGAGGGAUAAGGAUAAUGUCACUGAUGACAAAGUGGGAAUCUCCAAGUGGUGGUCAAUAAACUGACAAAAAAUGUUUUUCGUAAACACAAGCACAUGAGUCACCUAUCGAAAUGACAGUUUUUGGCAGUCUAUCAAUUGCUGGUUGAAGAUUUUUACCUCCUUACCAAUUGCAUCAUUUACUUCCUCGGAGCAAUUCACUCAUCAUCCAAUAAAAAUUAUCAGCCUACGGUUUUUUUCUGCACAAAGAAUUCCACUCAUCAAUGUACAGAGUGUCUCAUUUGUAAAAUUUGAGAUACUUUUUUCACUUUUUGAAAGACUUAAACUUAUUGUGUGGGGUUCCACAACCCAUGAAAAGGCACUGGCAUGUUCAGACGAGAGGUGGGCUUCAUAAAUCCACCAUUUCUCCACAACUUACCAACCAAAUUGGACUAUUAUUACAAUUAAAUAAAAUAGCUUGUUGGAAAGGUAAGAGGAGGCCUGUUUCAAAGGUCGCUCGAUGUUUUUCUUGGCACUGAUAAUGCUUGAAUGAUAAAUGAUGAACACUUGCCCCAACAUUCACCCUUGAAGUUAUUGAGAUGUUCUCAACCAAAGAAUUGAGUUUUCUCUGUAACAUUAUUUUGCUGUAGUUGAAAGGAUUAUAAAAUCACGCUCAUGCACGUUAAAGUUCAAUGAUAUAUUUUAAUGUUCCGAUUGGGACAUCCAGUGUAUCUGUAGAUAAGAGCGAAAGAAAUGUUUUUUUUGUAUUUUCAGUAUAAUUUGCAAGGGCUCUGUGUGUGUAAAAAGUUGAUAAUGAUAUCGAGCACCAUACCCUUUAGGGGGGUUUUUUGCCAUCAAGCCACAGGCAUUUUUCCCAGAUUUUUUUAAUUUGCAAAAAUGUAGUUACAGUUCUAAUCACGAACAUAAGUGAAGGUAAUGAACAAUUAAAUGUAUUACGUAUGUACAUAAUUACAUAGAGUUUACAUAGCUAAUAAGUGAAUUGUCACAAUAAAAUUUUUUAUUUUCAGUUAUUAAUAUAUCUCUUGGAAGAAAAAAUAGUGUCUCUGUAUAAAUGAUUGAAAAGUAUUAAUAAAGUAUGCUGAUCCAACUCA